AUGAGAUGAUAGGUAAGUCAAAAUUUGGGACAAUGCAAUUUUGUGUACCCAUGGAGAAGGGACAUGUGUAUAAGUGACGUUUACUAGAGGACUAUUACAAUGAGUUGGCGGGAACUAUGGACAGUACUUGUUGGGCUGGACCCUCCUCUACAAUAUUUUCCUCCGGCCUUGGCAUCAAUUAUUUUGUUUAUCAUAAUUUUCGCUGUUUGUUUCUGUAUGCAUCGGUUAUCAGAAAGUUUUCCAUUGACAGUCAAAAUACUUACUCAAGAUUACUUCAAAACUUUGGCAUUUUGUACUUAUCCGUUUGGUCUGAUGAUCAUGCGGAAAUACCAUGGGGAUAUCGGUUAUGCUCUCUGUAGCAUACCCCUUAAUACUGCUACAGUGUUACUGCUAUCAUCUGGUGAAGGAUCACCUGUUGGAAAUUGGUUACUAUAUGUGAAGGGAUCUCAGUCACUACAACAAUGUAUUAUUAGAAUAAUUACCCAGAUCGGAGCUGGCAUAACGGGAUUUAGAGUUGGUAAAACAUUAAUGAAGUUAGAUUUACAUCCAUCGUUUGAGGAGAAUCUUAGUCAAACAGAAUGUAUUGCUGCGCUGAAUGUUGCAGUUACAACAGGAUUUAUAAUAGAACUCUUUGGAACAACUUGGGAUGUAUGGUUUCAUUCACAGAAUUUUUCAGACAAUCGUGUUUUGGACAAACUCUUGAAAUUUUGUAAUUCGUCUUUUACCUUUUGCUUAGGUGGUUAUCCCACUGGCAUGUUCAGGGAUCCAGCUAAAGCGAUUGGCUUAACAUUUGGGUGUAAAGGAAUAAGUCCAAGUCAACAUAUACUCGUAUACUUCUUAGCGCCACUUAUUGGAAGUUAUCUAGCAUAUAGGUUCAUGUUAAGCAGUACUGAUAAAGCAAGCAAAAAGAUUAAACCAGAGACAAAAAAAAAUAUUGAUAAAAAAACAAGCUGAUUACAGGACGUAUGGAACAGAUUCUGUUAAGAAAACUAACUGAUGAAUUCAUAGGUUAGAAUGAAGUUUUUAUUAUACAAUGAUCU